UUAAGUGAUAUAACACCAUACGACACGACAAGAACUUGGCUCAUAUUAAUUCAACAUUUCAGCUAAUCUCAUAGCAUCAAACACCAAAAUGGAACAGAACAAAGCAAGCAUUGUGUCACAACUCCAACAUUUGAAACACCAUUGUGGUAAAUCUUAUACUCAGUUAGCAGAGGAAACAGGACUCACCAAUGUCUAUGUUGCUCAGCUUCUCCGAAGACAAGCGCAGCUCAAACCUGAAACUGCCCCGAAACUCCAGGCAGCACUGCCCGACCUGCCCAAACAACUUGUCGAUGAGAUGAUGAAACCACCUUUGAGGUCUUAUGACCCUAAUAUCAUCCAAGACCCCACUAUUUACAGGUUGAAUGAAGCUGUUAUGCAUUUUGGGGAGAGCAUCAAAGAAAUAAUCAACGAGGAGUAUGGUGAUGGGAUCAUGUCGGCAAUAGAUUUCUUCUGCUCAGUUGACAAAGUUAAAGGAGUUGAUGGGAAGGAACGCGUGGUAGUAACAUUUGACGGAAAAUAUUUGCCGCAUACAGAGCAGAAAACAGAGCAUAUGGUUUCAAGAACAAGGCCACUGGUGAAACAGUGAGUAUCUUCAGCCUAGACCAGCAUCAAAAUCUUCAUGCACAAGAUGCAUUUGAUCACUCUACUUAUAAAAAUAAAACAAUAAGGUUUAAAUAAUUAGAAGUAGCCAACCAUGACCAUAUAGACAUUAUAAUUGUGUAUGGCUUUGGGAUUUCAUGGCACUUCUGCUACCUUUGUGAUGUCAAUUUAAGACAAAAGAUACUUGUGAUGGUGCACUUUGUAUUGUGUUUUUUAUUUUUUUAAUAAAAUGUGCAAUCGUUCAUAUAGUA